CUCACGUGCAGUUCAAGAUGGUGACAAAGCAAACCGAUGAGGGUGGAGGCAGUGACCACUGCCAUUUUAAAGCAGCACGAGAAACCGGAAGCUUCAUUCUGAUUGUUUACUGCUUCUCAGCUCGUCAAAGCUCCAGAAUUUAAAGCACUAUGGAGGGAGGAAUGAAGUGUGUGAAGUUCCUGUUUUUUUUCUUCAACUUUAUCUUCUGGUUGUGUGGCCUGGCUCUCAUCAUAGUGGGCGUUGUGGCAAAGACGGCGGUCCCCAGCCUUCCCGCGAUUAAGCAGGUGGCCAGCACUGCAUCCCCCAUUGUGAUCAUCGUGGUAGGAGUCGUGGUUUUCUUCAUUGCCUUCUUCGGCUGCUGUGGAGCCUGGAAAGACAACUACUGCAUGGUCACUACGUUUGCCAUCCUGCUCUCCUUCAUCAUCAUCAUUGAAAUUGGAAUAGCCAUUGCUGUAUAUGUCUUUAGAAGCAAGAUAACGACUCUGGUGGAUGAGGGCCUGCAUGAUAUGAUCAAAGAGUACAAAACAAAUGAAGAGAUUAAGGUUAACGUGGACAACAUGCAACAAGAGCUGAAAUGCUGUGGAGUGGUGAACGCUUCCGACUGGGUGGACUACAAGCCUGACAAGAUUUCCGUCCCCGACUCCUGCUGCAAGAACGUCACAGCCAACUGUGGAGACGGAGGCAUCAAAGACGGCAAAAACAUCUACUCAGAGGGUUGUGGCGCUGCUGUGGAGAAGGCCCUCAAGCAAAAUGUUCUCUGGAUUGGAGUAGCAGCUCUUGUCAUUGCCUUCAUAGAGAUCUUGGGUGUUGUGUUUGCCUGUACGCUGAUGAGGGGGAUCCGCAAAGGCUACGAAGUGAUGUGAUCCCAUCGUACCGCUUCAGUAAAAUCACUUUCACACUCCAGUGAAAACACUUCAGAUUUGUAAAUGCCUUCUAGCAGAGCCUAAAAUUCUAGACAGAAAAAAAUGUGCCUAUAUGCAGAUAGGGAACAUUUAAAUCUUGUUUUUUAAUCAUAGAUGCUGAGGAAAAGGUGAAUUACUGUCUGUCCUUUUCUCAUUAAGUCUCAUAUAUUUGUACUUUAGUAUUCUUCACAGACUUCUUCUGUUAGAGAUUGUACUUUUAUACUCUCACAUUUCAUUUAUUUUAUUAUCAACUUUUUAAAGUUUAAAUGCUUAAUAGACUUUGGAAUGACAAACAAAUAAACUUUUACAGUUUCCACCACAA